ACUUAUCCUUAUGAUUUUCUCUUUGUUCUGUUUUCUCUUCAUCCCCAUAUAGGCACUCCCAGGCUGCCUCCUCCCGUGUCAGUCACUUGCAUCGCUCACCAAACACGUUCACUAAAGAGUUCUGGGUGUUGCUUGGGCAUCACCUUCAACUAAAUCCCACAGCACUAAAAAUAACCUUUUCUGCUUAAUUCCUCUGAAAUGCGUCCACAGGUGGGGUGAGCUUAGGAAGGAUCAUCUCUUCACUACGGAGUAAAGCACCAGAGCAGAAGUUAAUGAGCAAGAGACAAAUGAAGACAGGGGGAUGACAGUGUCAUUGGGCGAGGAUGCGGCACCCUGCUGACGCUGUAUCCCUUCAUGAUGCUGCUGUAUAUAAAGCUGUUGGGAGCAGGUUGGCUGCGCACUGUGCUCUUCUCACCCAGCAGGCUGCCUCUGUUCUGUGGGGAGAUGGCCCAGCUCCAGGAGAACAUCAAUGGCAUCAUCACUGCCUUCUACACCUAUGCCAGGAGUGAUGGUGACUGCAGCACACUGAGCAGGGGGGAGCUGCGACAGCUCAUCGAGCAGGAGUUUGAGGAUGUGAUUGUGGAUGCUCGGGAUCCCAGAACUGUUGAGAAGGUGUUGCUCUUCCUGGAUGAGGACAGCAGUGGCAAGGUUGACUUUGGUGAGUUCCUCAGCCUGGUUUUCCGUGUGGCCAAGGCUUGUCACAGGCAAUUCCAGCAGUACCUGGAGCCAGAAGAUGAUCAGGAGCUGACGGUACAGGAGGAGGCAGAUGGGGAACAGCAUCACAACCAGGUCCAGGAGCAGGGGGUGAGCGAGGAGGUGCAAGAGAGUGGGACAACCCAACAGCACCAGGAGGGUGAAGAAGAAAAGAACCACCAAGACACCCAACAGAAACAGGAAGGUGAGACACCGAAGAACCAGGACACCCAAAAUAUUGAGAAGACUGAGACACCAAAGGUUCAGGAUACUCAACAGACCCAAGAGGUUGAGACACCAAACAACCAAGGCACCCAGGAGAAAAAGAUUGAGAUUCCAAAGGACAUCCAGGACACUCAUCAGGAUGACAGGGCCACGGCACCAGAAGAGGGUCCAAAGAGAGGUGAGAACGUGGUCACUGAAACUCCAGAGAAAGACAGAAAUACCCCAGAAGCUGAAAAAACACCAAAACAUGACCCCAAACUCCACCAGGACAAAGUGACUGAGACACCAGAACUGGGACAGAACAACCACCACAGGGAAGAGCUUGAGCCAGCCGAGCAGAGCCACACUUCUCCCACCGUGACACCAGGGAGAACCACAGACACAAACAAGAACCCCAGCCCCAAAGAGACCCAAGAGCUGCCCCCUCCAGUGAGGGGCACAGACCCCCACCCAGAUCCCCAGCCCUCAGGGACCCGGCGUGACCCAGCUCACCCCCCUGACCUCACAGUGACGGUGCGGGAAGGCAGCGUGGCUGAGGCUGAACGUGUCCCAGGACAUCAGCAGCAUGGGGCUCAUGGCAAAGGAAAACACGUGGUGGAGAAGGAGAACCUGCAGCCUCAGCGGCCUCCAAGGAAGUAAGAGCUGCAGUGAGCCCUGUGCGACUGUGGCUAUUGGUGCCAGCAAGGUGGGAUAUUUU